AGGAUAUCUGCAAUAGUACAUCACAAGACCAUUGAAUAAGAAGAAGGUUCAUAACAUGUUCACAUAAUUUUAGAGGACAAACCACAUUCUGUGACGAUAUACUGUAUUAUAAGACAAUUUUGUCAGUGUUGUUGAACAAUGGAGCUACACAUUGAUGCCCAGGCGUGGAGAUGGUACGUUUCGGUCUUGCUUAUUUCUUUUGCCGCUCUGAACACAAUUUCUGCAGUGACGCACUAUUCUAUUCCAGAAGAACUGAAGGAAGGUUCGGUAGUAGCAAAUUUAGCCGCGGAUUUGGGACUUGAUGUUAAAACUCUUAGUAAAAGGAAAAUGCGCUUGGAUGUAAUCGCUAAUAAGAAAUACUUAGAUGUGAACAAAGAAACUGGGGAACUGUACGUCGUUGAGAAAAUCGACAGGGAAUACCUUUGCAUAUCAAAAACAACAUGCUUUCUUAAAUUGGAUGCUACAAUUGAAAAUCCGAUACGGAUGUUUAAUAUUGAAUUAGAAGUCCUGGACAUUAACGACAAUGCACCUAACUUUCGAAGAGAUACAAUGCAUUUGGAUAUAUCUGAGUCUACCCCUGCUGGCGAAAGAUUCUCAUUGACCAACGCUGUAGACCCGGACAUUGGUACAAAUUCUAUCAAAACCUAUUACUUGAGUGAAAGUGAUCAUUUCAACAUUGAAAUUCAGACAGGCCGUGAUGGAUCAAAAUUCACUAAUUUGAUUUUAAAGCAGGCUUUAGACAGAGAGGACCAGGCUGUUCAUAAUCUAAUACUUACAGCUGUGGACGGCGGCAUACCCACGCGCUCUGGUACAUCCAGCAUAAUUAUUCGCGUGUUAGAUACAAAUGACAACGCCCCUCAAUUCGAUAAAGAAAGCUACACUAUAGACGUUGUAGAAAAUUCGCCAAUUGGUAGACUUGUGGUCAAACUGAAUGCAACUGAUUUAGACGAGGGGACAAAUUCAGACAUAGUAUACUCAUAUAGUCUUUACACGUCUGAAAAAACACAAGAAACAUUUAGUCUAAACCUUAACACUGGAGAAAUAACGAUUAAGGAAAUGAUCAAUUAUGAAGAUUUUAGAAUAUAUGACAUGGAGGUAAUAGCAACUGAUAAGGGCGCGAAUCAAUUAUCAGGCCAGUGUAAAUUAACCAUUCUGGUAACAGAUAUGAAUGAUAAUCAUCCUGAAAUAUCCAUUAAAUCAUUCCAGAGUCCAAUCAAGGAGAAUGUAGCAUUAGAUACAGUGAUAGCAGUAGUUAGUAUUGGCGACAAGGACUCUGGUAAAAAUGGAGAAGUGGAUUUACAUAUUCCAAAUAAUUUACCUUUUGCGCUAAGAGAAUCUUCUGAUAACUUUUAUGAGUUGGUAGUUUCAGAGCCUUUAGACAGAGAGAAAGUGCCAGAAUAUGACAUAACUUUCACUGUUACAGACAGGGGAUCCCCUCCGUUAUCUGACAAUGAAACCAUGACUUUAGAACUACUGGACGUUAACGACAACGUCCCACUGUUUCCUCAGUCUUUCUACACUAUACCCGUUACUGAGAAUAACGCCCCUGGGGCCUUGUUACGUUCCCUCACUGCGUUUGAUCCUGACCUCCAUGAAAACCAGUAUCUAGUUUAUUUUAUCAUAGAAAAGGAGAUAGUGAACACCUCCAUGUCCAUGCUGUUCUCCAUCAAUCCAGAGAAUGGUAAUCUUUACGCACUAAAGACAUUUGACUAUGAGAUAGAGAAGGAGUUUCUUUUCCACAUUGAAUCCAGAGACUCUGGUGUCCCUCCACUCAGCAGUAACGUGACUGUUCGCAUUGUAAUUGUGGACCAAAAUGACAACACACCAGUCAUCGUCUCUCCGUGGCGCGCACAUGGAUCAGUAGUCGAGGAAACGAUCCCCAGAUCCACCGAUAAAGGAUCCCUGGUUUCCAAGGUGAUAGCUAUAGACACUGACUCGGUACAGAACUCUCGGAUAACAUACCAGUUUCUCCAGGUGACUGACGCCACGUUGUUCAGUCUGGAUCAAUACAACGGAGAGAUCCGGACUAUGAGAAUGUUCAGUUACAGAGACCCACGUCACCAACGGCUGGUUGUCAUCGCCAAGGACAACGGAGAGCCUGCGCUCUCUGCUACAGUCACCAUCAAGCUCUCCACGGUGGAGACUGCUGUUAAAGCCUACUCUGACAUGACUGAAGUGCCUCUAGAAUAUGACAUCUUCUCUGACCUCAACCUGUAUCUGGUGAUCGGACUGGGCUCGGUGUCUUUUCUGUUACUGAUCACCAUAUUGGUCACCUGCGUGCUGAAGUGUCAGAAACCGAAGCCCAGCAAAGCGGCUCCUCCCUGCAGGAACAGCGUGAUCAGCGAGAGGAACUCCACCAUCGCGGAUUCCACCCUGGUCUCUAACGAUGCGUACUGGUACAGCCUGUUUCUAGCGGAGACGAGGAAGGGAAAGCUGGUAGUCAGACAGCCUGUGCCAAAGGGAUCCAGAUACAUCGUGUCCAGUAUUCCAAGAAGCACGGGACUGACAGAGACCAGUGACUCAGCUGCUUCUACUCUGCAGGUAGGAUUUAACACAUAG